AUGGACUACGCGGACCACCGGUGCCUCGAGGCCAGCAACUUCGACGUCGUGGAUGAGGACAACUCCUGGACCCAGAGCAGCAGCCCCUGGUCCACGCCGCAGGACUGCUGGUGGCCGCUGGACACCGACGACACCCGGCUGUGCGCCUUCGACGGCUCGCCGGGCAACCACCAGUGCGAGCAUGACCCGGCGUACCUCAACGAGAGCGACUUCCGGUGGUGCGGGAGCGACUACGACGCGCUCGGCAACCGGCGCUUCGAGGGUGGGGUGACGCUCGAGGGGUCGCCGUGGGGGGGCUGGAACCUGACGGACAACGCCACCUUUGUGGAGGACCUGGCCUGGGGCUACACGACCUUUGACAACAUCUUCGUCGCCUUCCUGACGAUCUUCCAGAGCAUCACGCUCGAGGGGUGGUCCGACAUCUUGUACCAGGUUAAGGAUUGCAGCCGGCCCGUUCUCGCAGACCUGUUUUUCAUCGUCCUCGUGCUGUGGGGGGCCUUCUUCACCCUUAACCUUCUGCUGGCGGUCCUGGAGAAUAACUUCAGCCAGGGCAAGGAAGAAGAAGAGGCGAGGCAGGCGGCGGCGGCGGCGGCGGCGGCGGCGGCGGAGCAUCGGCAACAGGAGCAACAGGCGGACAGCAGCAUCGACGAUGUGCUGGGCGCAUCCGUGGAGGAAAAGCGCUCGAUAACGACCCUGAUCAUCCUCAACACGCUGACGUUGGCCUUGGAUCACCACCCCAUGGACGAGGAAUUCUCCACGGUGCUCGACUUGUUGAACUUGGUCUUCACGCUGUGCUUCGCGUUGGAGAUGGCUUUGAAGCUGGUGGCGCUGGGACCGCGGGGAUAUGCCAAGGACAAGUUCAACCUGUUCGACGGGCUGGUCGUCUUGAGCAGUCUGGUGGAGCUUGCCAUCUGGCCGCCAGACAUCUUGACGGGAGGGGACGGAGAGGACUGGGGCGGGGGGCUGUCAGCACUGAGAUCGUUCCGCGUGCUCCGCAUCUUGAAGCUUGCCAGGGGGUGGAGCUCAAUGCGCGAUCUGCUGGAAACGUUGCGGAAGACGCUCCUCGACAUCGGCAACUUCGCGCUGCUGCUCCUGCUGUUUAUGUUCAUCUACGUGCUCAUCGGCGUGCAGUUCUUCGCGAACCGCCUCCACUUCGCGGAGGACGGCAGGGUCAUCGGGAUAGGGGAGGAAGGGUACUACGACGCCGAGGUCCCGCGGUCGAACUUCGACACGCUGCUCCACGCGUUCACGACGGUCUUCGAGGUCCUCUCUGGCGAGAACUGGAACGCCACCAUGUACAGCGCGAGGCGCGCCGUUGGCUGGGUGAGCGUGUUCUACUUCGUGAGCCUCAUCAUCGUGGGGAUGAUGAUCGUCAUGAGCCUCUUCUUGGCCAUCCUCCUCAGCCACUUCGCGACGCCUGAACAGGACGAAGCGGACGCCGAGGACAGGGAGCGCCGUGACAGCCCGGGUACCGCCGCUCAGCGUGCUCUCCGGCGGGCCCACAGCGCUGCGUCGGCGGCGCCCUUUGGCUCCGUGGGAACAAGGGGGUUUCCGCACGCCACCGGAGUCAUGGAGGAGGAGGAGCAUGCACAGGAACACCACCUCACGAGCAGCAACAACAACAACAGCGACGCAAAGGUGGCAGGGAACUGGGACACCGACGAGAGCCCCGACAACCGGAGGGACGGAGUCGACGCCGACGCCGAUGGCAACCACUUCGCCUCGGAGAGGGAGGAGAACGCCGGCUGCUUCUCCUGGAGCCGCCUGGGCGCGAGCGUCGCCGGGUACGCGGCCGGCGCCGUCCGCAGCGUCAAGGUGCCCGAGAACAUCUACCCGGGGUUCGCCCUGUGCUGCCUCUCUGCGAAGAACCCGUUGAGGAGGGGCUGUGCCGCGGUCGUCAGCAACGCCGGCUUCUCCCGCCUCGUGACCCUCCUGAUCGUGCUGAGCUCCCUCACGGUGGCGCUGGAUACCCCGCUCCGGGACCCCGACUCGACGGCAGCGGAGGCCCUCUGGGCCCUCGAGCUUGCGCUGACGUUCCUGUUCGUCCUCGAGUGCGUGCUCAAGGUCUGCGCCUCCGGGUUCUUCUUCAUGCCCCUGGCGUACCUGCGGGACGCGUGGAACGUGCUGGACUUCGGGGUGGUGAUGGUCUCGGUCGUCCAGCUGUUUCUCAUCCGCGGGGCCGGCUUGUCCGGCCUGCGGUCUCUUCGCGCGCUGAGAGCCCUCCGUCCUCUGAGGAUCGUCAAGCGGUUUCCCGGGCUUAAGAUCGUCCUCGAGGCCCUCAUCGGGUCCGUCCAGGGCGUGUUCAACGUGGCGGCGGUGUGCUUCCUCUUCUACAUCAUCUUCGCCAUCCUGUGCGUGAACUACUUCAAGGGCCUCCUCAUGUCCUGCCAAGGGGACGCCUUCGACGCCCUCCCCGGGGAGGUGGUGUCCUUCCUCGAGGACCCGCUGCCCUGGUCCGAGAUGUCGUCCGGGCAGCGGGAGUGGUUCGGCCCCCUGAGCAACGUCUCGGAGGCGUUCUCGGGGGACGGCUUCAGCAGCAGCAUCGGCGGUAACCUUUCGACCUCGAGGGUAGAGUACUGCGACGUGAUCACCGGCGGCUUGUGGCCGGAUGCGGCGGCCUGCUGCUCCGCGUGGCCGACGUCGGCUGAGGAAGCCCCGACUAGCUAUGAGGUCUGCGAGUGCCUCGGACUGUCGUGGGCGGAGACCAUCCCGCAGCAGUUCGACAACGUCGCCGUGUCCCUCCUGACCCUGUUCGAGAUCUCCACGACCGAAGCGUGGACGUCGGUGACGUACGCGGCGGUGGACGCGACGGGGGUGGGCAUGCAGCCGAUCCGAGACCACGUGAUAGCAAGGGUGUGGCUCUUCAUCCUCUUCAUGCUGCUGGGCGCGUACCUCGUCAUGAACCUCUUCGUGGGGGUUAUCGUCGACAACUUCAAGAAGAUGAAAGCGCGGGCGGAGGAGGGCGGCCUGCUGGUGACGGAACACCAGCGCCUGUGGAUCAAGACGCAGCUGAUCAUGCGCCGCCUAAGGCCGAUGAAGCGCCCGCAGCCCCCUCCAGGCCGCCUCGGAUCGUCAUGCUUCCGGCUGAUAAACUUGCCGUGGUUCGACCCGGCGGUGAUGGUAUGCAUCGUCCUGAACACGGUCGUCUUGGCCAUGGACUACUUCGGCCAGAGCAACCUGUACACAAGCGUCCUGGAGUUAUUACUCUACGUGUUAUACGCCCUGUUCACCUUGGAGGCUCUCGCGAAGAUCCUAGCGCUCCGGUGGGCGUACUUCAAAGACCCGUGGAACCGGUUCGAUUUCUUCAUCGUGCUCGGCAGCACUGCGGGCUUACUGUCGCUCUUGUUUCUCGACUCAAACUACGGGACCGUCAUCACCGUGAUCCGCACCUUCAGGGUAGGCCGCGUUCUCCGGCUCGUUCGGGGCAUGGGGUCGAUGUCCCAGCUGUUCCAGACGCUGCUCAUGACGCUGCCCAGCAUGGGCAACGUGGGGGCUCUGCUCUUCUUGCUCUUCUUCAUCUUUGCGGCCAUGGGGGUUCAGCUCUACGCCAAGGUGGGACUCGAGGGGGCCCUGAACGCGCAGGCCAACUUCCGCUCAUUCUGGGACACGAUGGUCUUGCUGCUGCGGUUUAGCACGGGCGAGAACUGGAACGGCUUCAUGUACGACGUAGCUGCGGAGAGGGACGGGUGCCGGUCUGAUCCCGAGUACGACCCCGACGUCUGCGGGUUCACGAGCCACGAUAACUGCAUCCCGAUUGACGGGUGCGGCAGCUGGACCAUCUACCCGUACAUGAUCAGCUUCACGUUUUUGAUUACCUUCGUGUUCCUGAACCUGUUCAUCGGAGUGAUCCUGGACGGCUUCGACAGCGCGAAGGAGGAGUCGGAUGACUUCAUCACGGAGGAGGACUUGACGAGGUUCGCGGAGCAUUGGUCCAACUUCGACCCCCACGCGACCUGUCUCAUGUCCGUGCAGGACCUGCACUCAUUUUUGCAGUCGCUGUUCAAGCCGUGGGGUUUCGGGGUGCACUACCAGGCCAGCAGCAGAGAGCUACGGCACAAGGUCAGGCGGUUGGAUUUGUUCGUCUUCGACAACAACAAGGUUCACUUCAAGGACGUGCUCCAUGCUCUAUCCGAGGAGGUGUUUCGCACCGAGGCGGAGAAGAAAGGCGAGGUUUUGGAUUACCUGCAAGGCUCGAAGCGUCACCAAUUGAAAAAGGCAAGAGGUUAA